UCACAUAGUCAAAGGAUAGAUUUUUGGAAAUGUUUUGAAUGGCUUGUGAUGUGUUAUUAUUAAUUUAAUACUACAUUGUCAAUGUAUAUUUUCUACUUCAAUCUAAAAUUUCUAUUUUGAGUUUAUCCUAUUUCUCAAAUUUUUAAAGGUUAGUUAAAGAUUGUAUGCACAAGUAUCCACGAAUCGCGUGCACGUCGUCAAGUGCCUACGUCUUCAAAUGUGAAGUUACAAGAAGCUGUUAAAGAUGGUCUUUUGCUGUUUAACGUAAGGAUCAUUUCAUCUCGUGUUGUGCACAUUUGUAGAUGAAACACGCCUGCACUAUCGCAACACUCAUGGCCACUAUAAAUACAAUAUUUUUUGUCACUCUUAUAGAAGCUUUAUUUCUUAUUUUUGCUUUACCUUUUGCAAUAAUAUAUUGGAGGAAACUAUAUGCAAAGAAACGAGCCGAGCGAACUCAGAAUGGAACAGUAGUUGCCUUUUUCCAUCCUUAUUGCAAUGCUGGGGGUGGUGGAGAACGAGUACUUUGGGCUGCUAUUAAUGCCAUACAAACAAAAUAUGCCAAUGUACAUAUAGCAGUAUAUACUGGAGAUCUUGAGGCUGAUCCUGAACAGAUACUCAAAAGAGCAGAAAAAGCAUUUAAUAUCAAAUUAAAACCAAAUAUACAAUUUGUAUACUUACAUCGGCGUAAAUGGGUAGAAGCUGAUAUGUAUCCUUAUUUCACACUUUUGGGUCAGAGUUUGGGCUCUGUAUGGCUAGGUUUUGAAGCAUUGGAUAGUUUACAGCCAGAUAUUUAUAUUGAUACAAUGGGAUAUGCGUUCACGUAUCCAUUGUUCAAGUAUAUUGGUGGGUGCAAAGUUGGAUCUUACACACAUUAUCCAACGAUUUCAACUGAUAUGUUGAAACAUGUAUACCGUCGAGUCGUUUCACAUAAUAAUCGCCGUAUUAUUGCAAGAAAUCCUUUCUUAUCUGCAGGAAAGAUUUUUUACUAUAAAUUGUUUGCACUUUUAUAUGGAUGGACUGGUAGAUGUGCUGACACAGUAAUGGUUAAUUCUUCAUGGACAGAAGACCAUAUAAAUUCAAUAUGGAAAUGUCCAUUACGUACUCAUAGAAUUUAUCCACCAUGCGACGUGGAGCAUCUGACAAAGUUACCAUUGCUUAAGGAUGAAGACAAAAGGGACUCUAUACGGAUAGUUUCGGUAGGACAGUUUAGACCCGAAAAAGGACAUCCCCUAAUGUUGAGAGCAAUGUACAAUCUUCGAUCUAUAGUCAAAGAGGAAGUCUGGGAAAAAAUACGCCUGGUUUUGAUCGGUUCUUGUCGUAAUGCUGAGGAUGAAGGGCGUGUAAAGGACAUGCAAGAUUUGGCUAAGCAUUUGGCACUCGAUGAAAAUGUCGAAUUUAAACUUAACAUUCCUUACCCCGAACUCGUGUCUGAAUUACAACAAGGAACUAUAGGUCUACACGCAAUGUGGAAUGAACAUUUUGGUAUUGGUGUAGUAGAAUGUAUGGCUGCUGGACUUCUUAUGAUCGCGCACGCAUCUGGUGGACCAAGAGCUGAUAUUAUAGAAACUCAAACGAGUAGUCAAACUGGAUUUUUAGCAGAUGAAGCUGAGGAGUACGCCGAGGUGAUCAAGCACAUAAUAAAUAUGAAUCCUCAGGAUAAAAAUACAAUCAGGAAUGCUGCUAGAGCGUCUGUGAAUCGGUUUUCUGGAGCACAGUUCGAAAAGGAGUUUCUGCGAGCUAUUGAGCCAUUCUUCAGGCAAAAACAAGAGUGAUUCAUGAUCACUUGUAUUUUCUUUUGAAGUGUGAAGCGUGUAGGUAUGUGCGAAUAUGAAAAAAUGUGUUAAUUUUAUUAUUGAUCAUUUUCGAGACACGUUGUGAAGUAAUACGAUUUAGACUAGAUCAAUUUUUAACGUGUGAUUAUAGAACUGUACCAUAGAAACUAUUGUCUCUAACUGUAAGUUUGAGCUAAUACAAAAAAGCAUCUCACGUUGAUAUGACAAUGUAUGUGCAGUGCAACAGCCUACAAAGACAACUGCAAUUCUGAAUAGUUGAAUGUAUAAUAUGUGAUAGCCAAUAAAAAAUGUUACAAAACU